UCACACAAUCCUGUGUGAAUGUUGUGGAAUUCUCUGCCACAAGAUGUGGUGACAGCCAACAACCUGGAUGUCUUUAAGAGGGGUUUGGAUAACUUCAUGGAGGAGAGGUCUAUCAACAGCUACUAGUCGGAGGGCUACAGGCCACCUCCUGCCUCAAAGGCAGGAUGCCUCUGAAUACCAUUUGCAGGAGAGCAACAGCAGGAGAGAGGGCAUGCCUUCAGCUCCUGCCUGUGGGCUUCCCAGUGGCAUUAGGUGGGCCACUGUGUGAAACAGGAUGUUGGACUAGAUGGGCCUUGGGCCCGAUCCAGCAGGGCUGUUCUUAUGUUCUUAACUAAAGGGCUCACCAUGGUAAGUUACCACUUGAUCAAUGGUCAUCUGCAUCUACCCUCUGAUGUAGAGAUGGGUGGAUGUAGAAUUGGAACUUAUGCCACCAGAGGAGCCAAUGAAAUGGAGUGCUGGUUUAGUGUCAUGGCUGAAUUAAGUCUCUCUGUUGACAUCCGCCCCCUGCCCACCACCUGUAACUGGGGUUGCGUUGGGCAUUUGAGGAGUAAAAAGAAGAAGAAGAUUUGAUCGGUUGACCAUUCAAAUAUUGUCAAAGGAUGAUCAGAUCUGGAUGCAGAGAACCUUCCUGUCUAUUGCUCGCUUGCUCUGGGGGACCCUCCUCCUUAUGCCUCACCCCUGGGCAUCCCGUGUCCGCUGCAUCUCGGCGGGGGCCGUGCCGGCAUGCACUCUCCCCCACCCCGUCCAGCUGACCUGGAUGGGGAGACCUUUGAGAGCCAGCCAGCACGGCGCGUGCGCCUUGGGGGCUCCCGGAUCCUGGAGUGCCCAAGCAUCCAGAUCACCACCAUUUCCCCGGGCCGCCGGACCGAGGAAGACGACUGGGACUCUUCCCCACGUGACUAUCUCCUCCUGGAGGCCUUUGGGGGCUACCGCGAGUCGGCUCCCGCUUCGGGUUUCUUCACGCCAAGCCCUGCCAGCAGCGGCAGUGCCUCUCCGUGGAGCUUUUUUUCGGACGACGAGGCGCCCGCCGGGGAUGACGUGGAGCACGAACUGAAUGAGGCCGCGGCUCGGUUUGGCCUUAGCUCCCCUCUGGGCUCUCCGCGGGGCUCCCCCAAGCCCUGGUCGCCUGCUGAUGACUCGUGGCCCAUCUAUAGCUCCAGUUAUUCCCCAAGCCGGGGGGCGGAUGAUGGGUGGAUGCUCCUGGGCCCACGGCCGGCCUCUCCCUGUGGCAAACGGCGCUACUCCAGCUCUGAGACGCACUCCUCCGCCUCCCCGUGCCUGUCGCGGAGGGGCAGCCUCGGGGAAGAGGCACCGGGGGAGUCUGUGGAGGGAGGCAGUGACACGGCCCCCUUCAGCUGUCCCGGAUCCCGACCGGCGGAGAGCAUUCCCCAGAAGGCCCGGAAAACCUCGACGGAGCAGACAGUGGCGCUGACCCGGAAAGAGGAAGGGAGCUGCAACGGAGAGGAUGGGGCCUGCCCCACAGGGAGCUUUGGACUGGGUGUGACCCGGAAAGAAGGGAUGGAUUACCUCGCUGUGCCUUCCCCGCUGGCCUGGUCGAAGGCUCGUAUCGGAGGCCACAGCCCCGUGUUCAGGUCUUCUGCGCUGCCCCCUUUGGACUGGCCUCUCCCCAGCCAAUUCGAGCAGUAUGAACUGAAGAUCGAGGUGCAGCCUCGAACUCACCACCGAGCCCACUACGAGACAGAGGGCAGCAGGGGUGCGGUGAAGGCCACUCCCGGAGGACAUCCUGUGGUGAAGCUCCUGGGCUAUGAUGAGAAACCCCUGACCUUGCAGAUGUUCAUUGGCACUGCAGAUGAGCGGAACCUGCGCCCCCACGCCUUCUACCAGGUGCACCGCAUCACGGGCAAGAUGGUGGCCACCACCAGUUAUGAAUCCAUCAUCAGUGGCACCAAGGUCCUGGAGAUGUCCCUGCUUCCUGAGAACAACAUGGCUGCCAACAUUGACUGCGCAGGAAUCCUGAAGCUGCGGAAUUCCGACAUCGAGCUGCGCAAGGGCGAGACUGACAUCGGGCGCAAGAAUACCCGUGUGCGCCUGGUCUUCCGGGUGCAUGUGCCACAGGGCAAUGGCAAGGUGGUCUCCCUUCAGACGGCCUCGGUGCCCAUCGAGUGUUCUCAGCGCUCAGCUCAAGAGCUCCCCCAAGUGGAAAACUACAGCCUCAGUGCGUGCUCUGUGCACGGUGGAGAGGAGAUGAUGAUCACGGGUGCCAACUUCCUGCCUGAAUCCAAGGUUGUCUUCAUUGAACGAGGCCCUGAUGGAAAACUCCAAUGGGAAGAGGAGGCCAGCAUUAAUCGGUUAAAAAGUACAGAGGCCUCCUUGACCCUGACAGUCCCCGAAUACAGCAACAAACGAGUGUCACGACCCGUUCAGACCUAUUUCUACGUUUCCAACGGCCGGCGGAAAAGGAGCCCAGCUCAGGCUUUCAAAUAUUUACCUGUGAUCUUCAAGGAAGAGCCACUCGUGGAUUCCACGCUCCGUAGCUUCCCACACACCGCCCAGUGCGCUCCGUUCCCCCCGCAGUCGGCCCAGGGCAGCAUGGAUUUCUCCGCUUCCAGACCGCCUUUCCCUUACGGCCCGGAGCGCUCCCCACCCUCUUCCCCCUACGUCCCAGACUGGAGCCCGUGCACCUUCCCCGUCCCCGUCCCACCCCACUACUCCCCUGCCUUCCGUUUCCCCCCCAGUGAGGCCUACCGGGGGGCCAACCUUUCCGUGCCCCUUCUGUCUCCACAUUUCCACGCUUUGGAUUGCCGCCCGCCCCACUUCCAGCCGCCCAGCCCACAACUUGGCCCUCGGUCGCCAGGGCGCGGAGAAACACCCGGCGGGGAGAGGGCUCCGGAAUGGACAGAUCUGGAGGCGAGGUCCGAGGAGCACAGCACCAAGGAGCUGGAGAAGUCGGGGUUUGGCGGCAGCUUCCGAGAUAAUCUGCCCAUCCAUGGGAUCACGCUGGAGGAAGUAACAGAGAUCAUCGGCAGGGAUCUAAACGACUUUCCAGAGCCGUCCUGUGAAGGAGGGCGGAGCUGAGAGACGUUCCACCCACGUGGUGCUCAGAUUUUCCAGAAAGACAGCCUGGAGGAAUUUGGCGACGGCAAAGAUUGCCCUGAGCAAUGCGGCAUUUGGGGACCUCAAAUUUAGAUAUUUUGCCUCUGUUACCUGCCUGCCCUUUUGAUGCAGUCGGUUGCCAUGUCUUUUCCUUCUGCUGAUGCUUCCUUAAGGAUGUAGCGUUAACCGAGGAUUGCUGUGGUGAAUCAAGGCGAUGACUCCUUGACCGAGUGCCCUCUCCUCUGACAGAUUCGAGCCAGAAGGAGCCUCGGAAGAGGGCAGUGAGCAAAGCAGUCAUGAUGGCGACCAUCCUUCAUUGUCAGUCCAGGAUCUGGUCUUCAGGAUUCUGAACCAAGAGUGGGACUGUCUGUCUAUCUGUCAUGGCCUCUGAGAGGCCUACUCUAUCCUCUAUUUAUCUCAUCCCCCUUUCAAAUCCCCGUUUCUUAGUAGCCAACACAACAUCCUGUGGACAUGGGUUCCAUGGGUUAACCCGCCUAAUGUGGCUAUCUGAGUCAGAUCAUCCAUCCUCCAGUUUGUCAUGUCUGUCUGUGCAUCUGUUCAGUCUUUCUUCUUCAGUCCUGCACAUCUUCCCUGUCCAUCCUCACCCCACCCUGAUAUAUCAUAAUUUACUCUCUUCAUCUACCUAACCCAUUGUUUUUUUCCUUGCAUUUUGGAGAGAGUUCAGUGUUCUUCUCCUCCCGAUCUCCCACCAUCUCCCUCUUCAUAUCCAAGGUUAAUGGUUCCACCUAGUAUCACAGGGACCAUCUCUAAAGCAGUGAUUUUCAAAUAGUGUUUUGGAAGGCCUGGAUCUCCAUGGAACCCUAUUGGAAAAUUGUAAAUUAGACCAUGGGUGACUUGAUACAUCACGUUGAAGCGGCCAUUUGGCUAAGCUGCUUGAGUCCCAGGAAUGCCAGAUCCCUAUUUCCAGUGUCAGGAAGAAUAUAAGAUUGGGUUCAUCAUACAAACCCACCAAACUUGGCAUAUUCUAGGAACAUAGGAAGCUGCCAUAUACUGAGUCAGACCAUUGGUUUAUCUAGCUCAGUAUUGUGUUCACAGACUGGCAGUGGCUUCUCCAAGGUUGCAGGCAGGAGUGUCUCUCAGCCCUGUCUUGGAGAACCCAGGGAGAGAACUUGGAACCUUCUGAUCUUCCCAGAGUGGCUCCAUUCCCUGAGGGGGAUAUCUUACAGUGCUAACACUUUUAGUCUCCCAUUCAAAUGCAACCAGGGUGGACUCUGCUUAGCUAAGGGGACAAGUCGUGCUUGCUACCACAAGACCAGCUCUUCCUCCCUAAUUGCAUUACCGAACCCAACAUCUUCCCUUUAGAUUUGAAGUGAGGGACAGAUGUCGAGUUCCAUAUCGCAAGUAGGGUAGAAUAUGUCGAGACUGGGCGUGCCAUAUGAACCCACCGAUCUUGCUGUAUCCUUCCCGACACCAGAAGUAGGGCGUGUGUGCAUUCCCAGGACUCUGGCAGCAAAGCCACACUGCCAGGUCCGACUUGAUGUCUGAAGCCGCCCAAUCAGCGAUGGGCACGGAGCUUCCCUGAAAGAUGGAUUGCCCAUCACUCCUGCUCUUUCUCUGUAUUCCAGAGUUCUGGGAGAGUGUCGCUUGUAUCCUGUGAAACUCUCAGUUUAUGCAGGGCAGUGGUGAAAGUGCACCGACCUAAGUCUGUGCCCUAGGUCAGGGGUAGGCAGAAGAGACAUUGGCUGACACCCUGACUAACUCUGUGCGUGUGCGGGGAUGUUGUGUUAGCUUGCCGCUCUGUCCAGAGUGUGCAUUCCAGACGAGUGUUGCACUAGUGCAAAGAGUGUUGGGCUUGUGCAGCAAGGUACACAACCUGCGGCAUGCCCAUAUAUUUUGCAGGGAAAUGUUGUGUCAGAGCACAGGAGAGCCCUUCUGCAAAUCUGUAUGACACAGCGCAGCUACGCACUCAUCAUGUAUGAGCGCCAUUUUGUUUCUUGGGCAGGUGCCAGUGAUGUGCACGGAACCGCGGAGGUCCGGUUCGACGCCGGGGAGGUGCCUCUUUAAGAGAGAGGGAGGGUGCACUUACCCCUCCCGCCGCUUUCCCUCCGCCGGCGCUCCGUUUUUAGCGAAAUUCAUGGGGCGGCAGCAGACCUCCCUGCCGCCCUUCCCCCCCAUUCUUGGCCAGAAGUAUUGCCUGUGCUUGUGCCUGUCGGCCAUGUCUGGCCAAGAACGGGAAGGGGCGGCAGGGAGGUACGCUUCCGCUCCAUGGGUUUUGCUAAAAACGGAACGGCGGGAGGGGUAAGAGGCACCCCCUCGGCAUCGAACCUUCAAGCUGGCGCCGCCUUCGAACCGGAUCAGAGGCCUUUAGAAUGGCCUCCAGACUGGUUCAUGCACAUCCCUAGCAAGUGCAGCAUUAGGACGCCGGGUACUAGGACAGUGUCCCUUGUCUUAAGACCCGGAGACCUCAACCCCAAGUGCAGAUUCUCGACUCGUUUGUUGGGCCUGUGUGAAGCUUUGGCUGAAGCGGGAUACUCCACCCAGUUCCCCAAGCACUAUGUGGAGGUGACCGUUCCCACCAUGCAGUGCUGUGUCUUGCCCAUAAAGCUCUUUCCUCCUAGAGCUCCUCGGAGAGGGCUCUGUCUCUCUGAAAGGGCCUUCCCAGCCCUGAGAAAAGCCCAAUACUGUGCAGCGGUCAGCACACUGGGGGAUGGCUCCCACACCGAAGGUUUUUGGCCAAAGUGGCCCCCACUUGAAAAAUAGUGAAGAUCACUGCACCAGGAUCUGUUAGACUGACAAGAGAUUCUGACUCCCUGGUAACCACAGCAACAAGGUGGGGGGAAAUGUGCUUUUUUCAAAAAUUUGAAUCUUUUAAAAACCAAUUUAAAUCGUGCUUUAAAAAUUAUGUUUUGGAAUUUUAUUUUAUUUUAUUUAUUAAUUCUUUCUAAAUCCAGCUGAUUAGAAUCCCUGACUUAUGGCAACUUGGAUGUAGAUUUGUACUUAGGAACAUAGGAAGCUGCCUUAUUCCAUUCCUAUCUUCCUUAUUCCAGGAAGAUAGGAAGCUGCCAUAUACUGAGUCAGACCAUUGGUCCAUCUAGCUCAGUAUUGUCUACACAGACUGGCAGUGGCUUCUUCAAGAAUUGGCUUUGUGGUAGCAAGCAUGACUUGUCCCCUUAGCUAAGCAGGGUCUGCCCUGGUUGCAUAUGAAAGGGAGACUAGAAGUGUGAGCACUGUAAGAGAUUCCCCUUAGAGGAUGGAGCUGCUCUGGGAAGAGCAGAAGGUUCCAAGUUCCCUCCCUGACAGAAAAUCCAAGAUAGGGCUGAGAGAGAUUCCUGCCUGCAACCUUGGAGAAGCCGCUGCCAGUCUGUGAAGACAAUACUGAGCUAGAUGGACCUAUGGUCUGACUCAGUAUAUGGCAGCUUCCUAUCUUCCUAAGGUUGUAGGCUGGAGUCUCUUCCAGCCCUGUUUUGGAGAUGCCAGGGAAUUUUCUGCAUGCAAACAGGCAGAUGCUCUUCCCAGAGCGGCCCUAUUCCCUAAAGGGACUAUCUUGCAGUGCUCACAUAUAGUCUCUGAUUCAAAUGCAUACCCUGCACUUGUAUAGGCAGCCUGUCUCGGUGUAGGACUCUGUGGGCUACAGUGUGUAACUGUCUUUUCCCUCUUCACCACCAAUCUGUACCUCGCUCCACCUCCCCACUGCUAUUCUGCACGUUGAGGUUCUAAUAAAAAACCAAGGAGAUCCCACAAGCCUGGCUACAACUGCCCUUCAUGAACAGAGAGCACUCACGAGAGCAUGAUCCCAGAAUCCUUUGCUGUGUGCCGAAGUUUGUUGGCAGGCAAUGCUAUUUGGGAAGGGUUCCUGAGAGCAGAAAGGUGGGGUUUUGUUUGUUUCCUUGGUUUUUUUUUGUUUUGUGUUUGAACACUGGUCUAAAGCAGGGGUUCUCAACCUUGGGUCUUCAGAUGUUGUUGGACUACAACUCCCAUCAUCCCCAGGCACAAUGACCAAAGGCCAUGAAGUACUUUUCUCUUUUAGUUUAUUAACAUUGCCCAUCCCUAUGUCUCUGCCAUUUUCUAUGAUGCACUGAUCCUUCUGUAGAGCAAUUGUGGUGAAUUGAUUUCCCCUGCUCCACAAGUUGUGAUACUCUAUUCCAGAAAUACUUUGGGUUUUGAAUUGUGCCCAGACUGAAGAAAUUGCUGGUGUGUUUGAGGAUUUAACAACCACAGUAACGUGACCUUACAAAUGAUAUCUUUGCAUUGGGUAUACAUUUAAAUGCUUUCAAGUAAACAAAUAAGUCGAAUUGUGUCUUUGUGCAAGUUCAAAAGCAGUAAUGUUUUUGCUGGUGGCAACUAAAGGUGCUAGUUCUCAUGAACCAUUAUAAAAAUUAAUGGUGUUUUGUUUUUUUUAGCAGACCUGUUUGUAUGUCACAGGACCCAAAAGUGAAAAAAGACAACAUCCUCAGAGCAGCAGGGCUGCUUUGGAAGCACUCUACCUACAGUCAAACCAAAUGUAGCUUUUCCUCCUCCAUCAAUGGGGGGAAAUGUUCUACAAGUUUACAGUGGCAAUUGACUGUGUACAGCACUGAUUGGGUGCUGCCUGUGAUGUCACCAACAAACUUCUUCUCUGCCCCAUUCCUGAGAACAAUUUUGCACUUUUUAAAAAAAAGUAUUGUUUUUUUAGCAUACUUUUCUCCUGGAAAGUAAUCUUAUGAGAUCACUUUCCUUAUCCAUGUGUGUGUAUCUGUGUGUGCCCCCACCCCACCUAAUAACUUUGUAAUUCCUGGACCAAAUUUGGUACAGUUGUAGUGCCACAUAGGGAUACCUCAUUGGAGUAUUUUGUGAUGACAUAAUCUACUACCGUUCAAGAUGGCAGACAUGUGAAUGUUUAAUGUGGAAGUGGGCUGACUUGUGAACUGCGUAGCCAAUUUGCUCUAAGCUUGGUAUACAUAUUAAGAUUACAGAGGACAUUAAACCUUGAUAUGGCCGCCCAGAGACGUAAGUUUGGGCAGGGUAUAAAUUUGAUAAAUAAAUAAAUAAAUAUCCCACAAACUAAUUCCAGAACCCCAUUUCAAGAUGGUGGUGUGUGUGUGUGUGUGUGUGUGUGUGUGCGCGCAACAACUUUGUAAUGCCAAAUUUCAAUUGGCUGUUUUGCACACCAGUCAUUUUAUUUCAGUCGUAAAGCCAGGAGGAUGCUGGACUUAUCCGAGGGCUGAAGGUCUUGCUGUGUGUCUGCUUCGUAAAUAACACCUGCCUCCAUUCUGAGAAUCUCAGCUUUCAUAUUUUAAAGCAAGAAGUUCUGGUCAGAACUAACCCACCUGCUUGACUUUCAUUAUAAUUUUAAUUGAUAAUGACCAUCUUCAAAGCCAUGCACUUUUUGUUAUUAAACACUAAAUGCAGCCUGCAGGGAACAGUGAGUUGCUAGAGCCUCAUUUGUGAAAACAGAGCACACUGCACAUAGGUUGAGGAUGGCAAUUAGAUAAUGUCGCUAUAAAACACACUGUUGAAAUGUCCCUAUGUGACACUACAACUACUUAAUUUGAUCCAAAUAGGUCCAAGUAUUGCAAAGUUGUUGGGGGAAACACACACACACUGUCAUCGUGAAACGGGUUGUAGAAUUCAUUUAUGGGAUAUUGGGGUUUAAUGUCCUCUGUAAUCUUAACACGUAUACCAAGUUUGUUGCAAAUCGGCUACGCGGCUGACAAGUUAGCCCACUUCCACCUCAAGCGUCCACACGUCCGCCAUCUUGAACUGGGGUGGAUGACAUCAUCACAAAAUAUACCGUUGAUGUUCCCCUAUGUGGCAUUACAACGGUAUCAAAUUUGGUCCCAAUUGGUCCAGGCAUUGUAAAGUUAUUAGGGACACACCCACCCACCAAAGUUAUCUCAUAAGAUUGUUUUCCAUGAGGAAAGCAAGCUGAAAAUCAAGUUUCUGGGACUUUAGGCUUUCAGUGUAUGGAUAAUACCUGGUUCAUGUGGUCAAAAAGCCGGAAUAAAGAUGGGCGGAUGGAUUGACAAUGCCUGAUAAAACCUUGAUAACCAGAUAGGUUCCAGUGGCCAGGAGGGACAAUUUCCAUCCCCUGCAUGCCCUUUUCACCAUGUGAAAUGAGCAAACGCAGAAAUGCCCUUCAUGUGACAUCAUUUGCAAAAUUUCAGUUUUUCUGGCUGCGCAGUUUGGAUUCCCGUGGGAACAAACAUUUGGGAUUAAGUGAAAUAACUUGCUGCGAAAAUAGAUUGUGUUGCUGUUCAUAACACGGGAAUUAACAACCCUUAAGGUAUACCGUCUGUUUAUAGCUCCCCAAACUGCUAAUCUAAUGAGGCUCUCCACACAAGCAGUGUGGAGAGCUGAGGAGGGUUUUGGCAGAGAGAGCGGGCUUGGCCCACUCUCCUUGCACACGAGCACUCCGCCUACCCUGGGCGGCCGGAUUGGUUGCUCACGGACCCGGUAGGGGCGUCAGGGAUCAGGGGCUACCCGGCCUCCAAAAGUGCCAGGAUGCUCUGCACAAGUGCACGAGGCAUUCCGCGGAGACCCCCGACGCCGGGAGGUUUGUUGUUGCCUCCGAGUCGGGUGUCUCCUCGUGAGUCGCCGCAGAGCUGCACUGCGGCAACUCACGAUCAGGAAAUCAGGGUUAGCACUUGCUCCACCAACAUCAUUUUCGAGGCGGGGGAAUUAAGUGGGCUAGCCCGCAAUCUCGGUCGUUCUCACAACCGCUGGCAAGCGGGCUGGGCUCCCUUGGCCCACUUUCCAGCAGUCAUGAGAAUAGCCUCUAUGUGAGUUUAGUAACAAAAGGAGGGAAUGAAAUGCAUCAUAGCAAGUACAGAGGUGCUUUGAGAUUUUUUUGGGGGGGACAGGACCAGGUGCACAGGUGACCGAUAUCUUCCCUCUUUUCCAAAAUCUUGCACCUUGAGAUGGGGAUUUGAGGCUCAGGGAUGGGAAACUGGGAGUAACAAUUCUUUAGUAUUUUCUGGGCGGAAGGAGGAGCUGGUGUUUUUUUUAAAAAAAAUUUUUUUUUGCUAAUAUGUGUAUGGUGGGAAUGUUCUUUUGUAAUUAAAUGUAUUAAAAAUGUAAAGGAAAUAACAGUUCUUGUGCAACCGUC